AUGAUUGAACGAUCCCAGUGUGUCCUCCGUUUCCUGUCUCGCCGUUUAAGAGGCGGCGUGGAGAUUGCUCACCACCAGCAGACUGCUGACGAGCUUAGCCCGCAGGAUGACACCUGUGGUGGACAGAGGCAGCGUCGGGGGCAUGGUGUGGGCUCACACCCUCCACUGUCCCGUCAGGGCUGCGUUUGCAGACAUCACCUCGCCCAGUUGCUCGGGGCACUUUUGCGGCAGUGGCCAGCGCGCCUCAGCGCGGGCCUGCCCGUUUCCCGCUCAGCCUCAUGGCGCAGCGGGCCAAACCUCCGCUCUGCAGAGUGCAGCUAUCUGCAAUUUCACUUCCUGUGCAGCUCGCAUCGAGACUUCCUGCCUUCCUCCUGGGCUGAACUCCUCUCCCCUGCCUUCUGCCGCGGAUCGCUGAUGUUGGCAUGUACUAAUCCUGCCAGCGGGAUGGUUCUGGAAGCACCGAGCUGUAACGGGCCUUUCCAGCCCGUGGCCCUGAUGCAUUUCAGAGACGUCCCCCCUGCAGAGCAGGAGAAGCUGUUCAUCCAGAAGCUGCGCCAGUGCUGCGUCCUCUUCGACUUCGUCUCCGACCCGCUGAGCGACCUGAAAUGGAAAGAAGUGAAGCGAGCAGCGCUCAGCGAGAUGGUGGAGUACAUCACCCACAACCGGAAUGUCAUCACCGAACCCAUCUACCCAGAGGUGGUCCACAUGUUUGCCGUGAAUAUGUUCAGGACUUUGCCGCCAUCAUCCAACCCCACCGGCGCAGAGUUUGACCCGGAGGAGGACGAGCCCACGCUAGAGGCGGCAUGGCCACACCUGCAGCUCGUGUAUGAAUACUUCCUGAGGUUCUUGGAGUCGCCUGACUUUCAGCCCAAUGUUGCCAAAAAGUACAUCGACCAGAAGUUUGUAAUGCAGCUCUUAGAUCUGUUUGAUAGUGAGGACCCCAGAGAAAGAGAUUUUUUAAAGACCACUCUGCAUCGCAUCUACGGCAAGUUCCUGGGGCUGCGAGCAUACAUUAGGAAGCAGAUUAAUAACAUAUUUUAUACCUUCAUUUAUGAGACAGAGCAUCAUAACGGAAUAGCAGAAUUACUGGAAAUUCUGGGCAGCAUAAUCAACGGAUUUGCUUUGCCACUGAAGGAAGAACACAAAAUCUUCCUCCUGAAAGUCCUGCUGCCUUUGCACAAAGUCAAGUCUCUGAGCGUGUAUCACCCACAGCUGGCCUACUGUGUGGUACAAUUCUUGGAGAAGGACAGCACCCUCACAGAACCGACUGUUAUGGCUUUGUUGAAGUAUUGGCCCAAGACCCACAGUCCGAAGGAGGUGAUGUUCCUCAACGAGCUGGAGGAGAUCCUGGACGUCAUCGAGCCUUCAGAGUUCGUCAAAGUCACAGAGCCCCUCUUCCGACAGCUGGCCAAGUGUGUGUCCAGCCCACACUUCCAGGUCUGCUUCCCGCCCCUGCUAACUCGGUGUGCUUUGGUCGCUCUUGUCCUGUCCGUUGCUCACAUGUAUCUGUGCCGUCAGGUGGCCGAGCGGGCUCUGUACUACUGGAACAACGAGUACAUUAUGAGCCUGAUCAGUGACAAUGCUGCCAAGAUCCUGCCCAUCAUGUUUCCAGCCCUCUACCGCAACUCCAAGACCCACUGGAACAAGACAAUCCACGGUUUGAUCUACAACGCUUUGAAACUCUUCAUGGAGAUGAACCAGAAGCUGUUCGAUGACUGCACCCAACAGUUCAGGGCCGAGAAGAGCAAAGAGAAGGUCAAAUGGAAAGAGCGAGAAGAAGCCUGGGUGAAGAUUGAGAAUCUCGCCAAAUCGAACCCGCAGUUCCUGAUGCACACGGACUACUUGGGAUCGGGCGGUCUGAUGGACAUGGAGACAGAUGGGCCAUCGCUAGACGACGUCGGCUUGCUGAAGAAAACGGUAGAGGAAGAAGCCACACAGAUCCAAAAAGACCAGCGGAGGGAACGGCCGCUGGUGAGGAGGAAAUCGGAGCUUCCCAAAGACAUCUCCACCGUCACGGCGCUGGAGCUGCACCGAAGAGCUGAGGAAAUGUUGACCACGCACGACGCCCACUAGAGAGGACGGCCUCCUCCCCGAGAUCCAGCGUCAACCAGCACCCGCAGAGGAACCACCGGCCCGCCGAGGCCCAGCACAACAGCACCACUCCGGCAUCUGAGUCCAGCCCAGCACAACGCAGAGCAGAGCAGAGCAGAGCGUGGCCCUGCUCGCUCUGCUCCACCAACACAUUCACCUUCUCGCCCAAUUUAGCCCAGGAACACUUCUUCUCCUCCUCUUCCCUCCAGUCGCUGUCUUUCCCCCCCCCCUCUCUCGCUGUGUUUUUUGGGGCACGGUGCUGCCCCCUUCUGGUCAUUCUUCUCAGGUGUUCUCUGUUCUUCUUGCCUCUUCUCUAUCGAUGUCAGGUGCUCGCACCAGUUUGAGCCCCCAGCUGUAACCUCCACAGAGAAUAUCUUUGAGUUUGAUUAUGAGAGAGAAAAAGUUAGAAAAAGAAAAGCCGUCAGUUAGUGAGACACUUUCAGUCGUUUCUGUAUAUUUAAUAUGACCCAUUUGUCUAAAAUAUUUCAAACAAGACAGCUGUUUAUAUUUUUUGCAUA